AUGCAAGUUCAUUUUUACGACUGUGAUCUUUUUCGUGAGCACGACACGGGCUAUGCACAUCCAGAAUGUGCGGCACGCGUGACAGCUAUUACAACGGGUUUAAAAGCACGACAGAUCUACAACCGGUUAGAGCAGCAGUGCCCUGAGCCUGUGGCCCCCGACUUACUUUAUCAAGCUCAUCAUCCAGAUCAUGUUGAACGGGUUUUGAAUGCCCAAGGUCAAUGUAUCUCGUUUGAUAGCGAUACCCAGACCUCAAAAGCUACGGUAGAUGCUGCUUUACAUGCAGCUGGUGCUGUUGUUCAGGCGACAGAGAACGUCCUGAAUAAUUCAAAUACGACUGCUUUUUGUGCUGUUCGGCCACCGGGCCAUCAUGCAGAACGUCAUCGUGUUAUGGGGUUUUGUUACUUUAAUAAUGUUGCCCUUGCUAGCUAUGCUGCAUUAAACCAAGGUGUUAAACGUAUCUUUAUUUUUGACCCGGAUGUCCAUCACG